AUGGACACAGUACCUUCUCCGCUACUUUCUGAUCUCUUCUUCGUUCUUAUGGUAUUUCAGGGACUUGAGUUGGAGGAACAGGAUGUAAACCCGUUUGCGAAUACUGAUGGUUUCUAUCCUAUGCUUCACACCAUCCUUGACUUUCCUUAUCCAACCAUCGCACUUCUAACAGGCCACACCUUUGGUGGUGCGUGCCCUUUUGCCCUUUCCCACGACUAUCGCGUCAUGAACUCGCAGCGUGGCUUUAUUUCAAUGCCUCCGGUCAAUCUGGGCAUACAUUUCCCUGGUAUUGGUUCAUUGCCGCGGCUCAAGCUGGCUCCGAGGGUUUCUCGUAAAAUGUUGCUGGAGGCACAUCGAUGGACAGGAAAGGAAGCACUAGAGGAUGGAAUUGUCGAUGCCAUUGCAGAACCGGACAAAAUGUUCGAUGUGGCAAUGGAGUUGGCGCAGAAAUGGGCGCCAAAAGCAAGGAUGGGUAUAUAUGGCAUCUUGCGAGCGGAGCUUUGGGGUGAGGCGCUUGAGAAAUUCCAGCGGAUCAGUUACGUGCAUGGCCGGAUGACGACUGCGGCGGCAAAAGUUAAAAUUUGA